GCCAAACAAAUAAAGUAGAAACACAAGCAGUUGCUGCAAAAUUUAAACUUUUAAAUUUGAUUUCUCUCCCUAAUCCAAAUUUAUAUCCUCAAUUAUCCAUUAAAAAAAAUGUAAAAAUGAGUGCCGAUUGUAUUUAUAAUAACCUCCGUCAUAAACUAGAUGUCUUAGGCUAUACACAACCCCUUCCCCUAGCCGCUAUAUCACUUGUUGGAGCAAUAUUCGAGGACCUUGUUAAGACCACCGAGAGUUUGCGCGAUUCCAAAUUGAAAAUUAGCAAUUUACUUGAGGAAAAAUCAUGUUGGGAACUUGGUGUUGAACCUUAUAAAUGUGAUAAUUCACGUCUCUUAGCAGAAUGUAAUCAAUUACACUUGGAAUUGAUAAAACAAAAAGAAGAUUAUGAAGAAAAGAAUUGUGAGUUAAUUCAACGAAUUAGAAACCUUGAAUCGGACAAAAACUAUCUCGAUGAACACUGCCAACAUUUGCAAGCUCAAAUUAAAGCCUUUAUUGUUAAAGGUAUCGAUUCGAAUUCAAUGAAAACUAAUAAAAGUGGAGUCAAUAUGAAUAAAAAGCCAUUCGUAAGCACUGUUCGUUCAGGAGAGUUCAUUCCGAAUGCAUUCUGUGAAAAUUCAUCGAUUAAAUGUACGAAAUGUAAUGCAGGUUAUUAUAAACAAUCGUCAGCUGGUUCAGCUGCAAAUGUACCUGCACAAGAAGUUGAAAUGGAAAAGCUGACAAAUAGUAUAAAGGAUCUUACAGAUCAAGUUGCAUUCUACAAGAGAAAAAUUGAAGCUCGUGAUAGAGAAAUCCGUCGUUUGAAUGACCUUCUUACUGGCGGACGUCCACCAGCAGCCUUAGCUAAAGAUUGCUGCUAUAAGGAUAUCGGAACUCUUUCGGAAGAUGUUGAAUUAUUGCAAAGAGAAAAAUCCGAGAGCCUUUUUAAGAUACGGGAGUAUCAAGAUAAAAUGCAUGAAGCCAUGCAAAGGGCCAUGGAUUUGGAAAGUAAAAACAAGAAACUCCAACGAGAGUUAGAUGAGUUGAAAGAAGCUGCUUUGGCCGUUGAAAGUCAAGCUAACGUUGAGAUUGCUGAGCGAGAAAAAGAAAUUGACGACUUGAAAGCUGAUUUGCGAAAGUUGAAAGAGAAAUUCGAGAAUAAAGAAAAUUCUGCUCCAUCAUCGAAAUCAUCGGCAGAAGAAAAGAGAAGGAUCAAUGAGAGAUUGAACGAACUUACUCAGAGAGAGUCAACACUUGCGUGCGAAAAUGAAAAGCUCAUGAAGAAAAACCAUAAGCUAAAGACGAAACUUAAUUCUUGCCAAAAAGAAAAUGUUAACAAAAAUUUCAAAGACGAUCGAUGCAUUGAUGAAGAACGAAUUCGUUUGAAGUCAGAAAGAGAUUUCUUUCAAAAAGAAUAUUUGAGAAUGAUCAACAAAGCAGGAUCAGAAAAGGAAAUUGAAUUUCUUCAAUCUCAAAUAAAAUGCAAAGACGACGAAUUGCGUCUUCUUCGUUCUGAGUUAUGUGUUCGUCAGCAGCAUCCAAGUGCCCGUUCUGAUAAAUCUUCUUCCAACAGUGAAUGUGUUCAGGCUAUAGUUAUACGUGCUGAGCGCGAACGAGAUAUAGUCAAAAUGGAGUUGGAACGAAUGCGCAAUGAACGUGAUACUUUGCGUGAGAAACUACAAAGCUUUACACUCCUUCAAGCUGAUAGUAGUCAGAAAUACCAAGAGAAAAUUAAUGAACUAACAAGUAAAAUAACUGCCUUAGAAUUUGAGAAUCGUGAUUUGAAUUCAGCUCGAGUGCCAUCACAAACGCAGAUAGUUCUUCUGAAGGAAGAAAUCGAUGGGCUAAAGAAGAAACUUUUUGAAUUACAAGAAGAAAAUUGUAAGCUUAAAGCUAGCCAGAGUCAAUUAAAAUUGCUUCAAGAUCAAACCGAACGAGCACUUUCCGAAUAUCAAAAUAAGUUGGCUGCUGCUGAAGCUCAAUUAGAAUCAGCUGAAAGUCAACUAAAUAAUUAUGGUACACAUCGUGAUUCAUCUCGAAAUGAGAUUACAACUUUAAAGAAUGAAAUUGCUGCUCUUAAAUCAACUUAUGUUAAAAUGGAGAGUGAAAAAGAUAAAAUUGUUGCGGAACUGGAUGCAAAAACAGAAAAAGUCUAUCAACUUGAAUUUGAUCUGAAAGCCACAAAAGACAAACGAAAUGACUUAGAGAGACAAGUUAAAGAAUUGGAAAGAAAACUCGAAUUUCUUUCAACCCAAAGCCUGCAGCGAGAUUCGGAACUACAAGAUACUUCAACUGAAAGUAAAUCUUUACGCCAACAAAUUGCCGCAUUAAAGUCAAGUCGUGAACAAGCAAUCGAAGAAAAUGGCCGCCUGUCAAAUGAUUUGGCCGAGAGUCAAGCAGAUAUAGCGACACUCAAGCGCCGCCUUAAAGACUCCGAAAUUGAAAUUGAAAGGCUUAAGCAACAAUUGAAACAGUAUGUUCAGGAAGUUAAAAAGGCCGAAGAUCUCCUAUUACACAAGGAAAAAGAGCGCGAAGAAAUGUUAGAUCAUUACCGUAGCCUAUCGCAUGAUGCUGUACUAUUAGAGGGCAACAAUCAAAGCCUUGAAGUUGAAGCAGCUGAAUGCAAACGACAGCUGUGUGAAGCUGAAGAUGAAAUUGCAACGCUUAAAAAGGAACUUGCCACACGCAAAGAUAUCAUUGAUAGGCUUGAAGCACAGAUUGAUACACUUAAGUCUCAAAAUACAUUUUUGGAGAAUCAAUUAGAAGAAGCUUAUGAUGAACAGAAGCUUCUUAAGGUCGAUUUAGCAGCUCGUAAAGAGUUAUGUGACAAGCUGGAUAAUCAACGAGAUAAACUUAAUGCUGAAGUAUUAGAAUUAAAUAAAAUAAGAAAAAAGCUUGAGCGGGAUAAUGAGAAACUAAGAACUGAAAAUGACAGAACCAUUAACGGUACCAAAGUGACAGCUGACACUUUUGAGGAUCUACUUAGCAAAACCCGGAGAGAACUUGAAGAACAAAUUAAGGUUGACAGUAGACUAAGUCAAGAGCUUAUUCGAAUGAAGGAGAGAAAUGAAGAUUUGUUGCAACAACUAAAAGAAGAACGUGAUAAAAGACGUCAAAAUGAAAAUUUAGCACGUGAAUAUGAUGUUCAAGUUCAAGAAUUGAGACACAAUAUUACUGAUGAAAGAUUCCGACAAGCCAGAAGCAGAGAACAAAGUCCAAAAUUUACAACGAUGUAGAAUUUAUUAUUCCGUCUCAAUUGUUUCAAAGCCAUUUUGUGCAUUCCAUUUUUAUCAUUUUAUUGUAAAAGUUACAAAUAUUUGUGUUUGAAUAUUAUACAUAAGAAUAAAAUUUAA